UCUUCGCAUCCUUAUCAUAGAUCACCCUGUAUUCGUUCUUCCGACUCGAGAAAUCUGCAGGUCUGCAAAUCAUCACCUCCACUCCUAGAGAUUUCACAGAUUAUAAUCAUAUCGGUGGUAAUUUAUAUGACAGACCAUAUUGAUAUGUUAUCUUGUACCUAUCUUAUCGUAAGUAUUCUAUAGUCUUAGUUUGCAAUUUUUAAUCACAUAUGUGAUAUUGACAUUUAUCUGUGUUCUACUUUUCAAUAUGGCUAACUUGGACGUGGACAAAAUAAUCAAAAAUCUCACGAAUAAAGAUGUACGGGAGAGCAAAAAAAUCAAGUUGGUCAAUAUAAGUGAAUCUGAUAUAAAAGCCUUGUGUUUCAAUGCAAUGAAAAUUUUCAUGUCUCAACCAAUGUUACUGGAACUAGAGGCCCCAAUAAAAGUUUGUGGUGAUGUACAUGGUCAAUUCAUGGAUUUACUAAAAUUGUUUGGAUUUGGAGGAUUUCCUCCUGAAUCGAAUUAUUUGUUUCUUGGAGACUAUGUAGACAGAGGAAAGCAAUCAGUAGAAGUUCUAUGUCUACUACUAGCGUACAAAAUAAAAUACCCUGAAAAUUUUUUCCUUCUACGAGGAAAUCACGAAGCCUCAUCUGUUUGCAAAAUAUAUGGAUUUUUUGAUGAAUGUAAAAGAAGAUAUAACACAAAAAUAUUCAAACUGUUCACGAACGUUUUUGAUACUCUACCAGUAGCAGCAAUUAUAGAUGACAAGAUUUUUUGCUGUCAUGGUGGGCUAAGUCCUGAGUUGUUACACAUAGGACAAAUUCGGAACAUAGAACGGCCAACAGACGUCCCUAUACAAGGUUUACUAUGUGAUCUAUUAUGGUCUGACCCAUGUACCACACCUGGAUGGACUGACAACGACAGGGGUGUAUCGUACUGUUUUGGUCCCGACGUCAUAACGAAGUUUUUACGAAAACACGAUUUAGACUUGAUUUGUAGAGGGCAUCAGGUUGUAGAAGAUGGUUAUGAAUUUUUUGCACAAAGAAAACUGAUAACGAUUUUUUCUGCACCAAAUUACUGUGGGACCUUUGACAAUGCUGGAGCUUUGAUGUCUAUAAAUGAUGAUUUACUGUGUUCAUUUCAGGUAUGGACUUUGAUAUAUUCAGUACACAGGGUGUUUCAGAUUGUAACCAGAAAAAUAUAAUAGACGAUAGAACCCAUGACCUGAUUCAAAUUCUAAUGUAGGUUAAUUCAAAACAUGCCUCAACUCGACAGCUGAAAUGAGUAUAACUCGGAGUUUUUGAGAAUUUUGCAGUCACCUAUUACACUGAAUUUUGACGUUAUAAAAGCUUAUAUAGGGUGAUAAUGGAAAAAGGUAAAUAAUAGGAACCUUUCUUUUUAUUUUUGCGAGUACUAUCGCAUAUCAAAUUUUCUCGAUUAGAAUCUGAAACACCCUGUAUAUUCAAAUAUAUUCAAAUAGAUGGAUAUUUUUCCAGGUUUUGAGUCCUACACCAAAGACAAAAUAGAAUGUUUACAACUGAUAGUACAAAAACAAUACAAACUAAAAACGUAACAGUAGUUUAUUCAAAUAUUUUUAUCGUAUACCUAUAUAAUUUCAAAUAAAUUAUUUUUCUAUAAAUAUAAAUAAACGAUAAUAAAAAUAAAUUAUUUGACUACCACAAUUAUUCUCCCUUGAAAUCUAGGGUAUCUGGUAAAUAUGGAGUGAAAAAAAUCAUUACAUUAUUUCGUUUAUUGAGAUUGGAGCAAAACAGUUCCCUAUUCCACCAGUUCCAGCCAAUUGAAUACGCCAUUAGUAUUUAGAGCUUAUGGGGGUAGUUUCAAACAAAAAAUAAUAGCGUUUUUUAUGUUGCUGAUUUCAUCAGUCCUUACAUUUGGCAUCAGUUACUAAAUUAGGUAUAGUCUAAAAUAGUUUCCUACUUUGGCAGUUAUAUGAACAAAAUUUUAAAAUAGCUUGGCGUUAAGAACAUACAUAUAAAAAAAUAUACAAACUUUGAAUUGAAUAUCAAAAUCAUUAUAUAAGGGAAGAAUUUUCACUAAUCCCCAAUAAAAAUAGUAAAUAUUUACCUACAUACUGUCAUGACAUUGUUCAUCAAAGUUUAGUGGACGGUAACUUGAAUCUUUCAACAAUAACUUGUAUUUAUUCUUCGAUUUUCUUUUGCAUUUCAAAAUCUUGAAACAUCUGUUUAGCCAUUUUCGGUCACUGAUUCCCAACUGAAAAUGAAAAUGCACAUAGUUGAAAUCGAAUAGAUACUGGAUGCGAUAACUUUUCGAUACAAUUUAAAAGUACAGUCAGUUGCAACGAACAUGUCGCACAUCGGCAUCUGCAUUAACAGCGCUAUAAUAUCAUCGCUAUAUCAACCGCGACAUCUCCAUUGCAUUCGACUGUGUAUAUUUGAAUAUAUGCCUAUAUCAACAAGAACCCUACAAUCUUUUAUUUUGCAGUUUUUCAGGUAUAAGUAUGACAAACAGUUUAUACACCCGGAAGCAAUUGACCCCCAUGUAUUUUCGUUGAUAUAUCGAAUGGAUUUUUCAAAUUUGUUACAUCGAUUUGAUUGAAAUACGAUUGAGAACCUCAGAAAUAUUAGUUAUUCAAUAAUUCACAAAUUCUCAAUUGAGUAUUGGUAAUAUUCCUAAUUAGUAGUUAGCAAUAAAAACUCAAUUGUCUCAA